ACUUCCGGUUCACUUGACGCAACGUCCGUGUACCCUCGCCUCACGUGCAGUUCUUUCGUGUUCCGUGUACCUCAUCGGUGUCCCACAGACGUUACUGAAGAAGAUCUUUACCCUGAGAAGCACAAUCUCCUCCACGUUAAACAGGAGGAGGAGUCUGAGAUGCCGUACAUCAAACAGGAGGCGGAGCCAGAGACCCCUUACAUUAAAGAAGAAGAACAGGAAGAAGAAAUCUUUCCAGUGACCGUCAAUGUGAAACGCGAAGAAGAUGAAGGACCAAGCGAAGCGAGCGGAGCAGCAAAACAAUCGAGCAUCGGCUCAUUUCAGCAUCUGACAACAAAAGGAGAGGGAGAAUCGCAGCCGGACGGCCUCUUAGCUCCGCUCUUGGACAGCGACGAUGUAACGUCACACUCUUCUGACUACAACACUGAUGAGCAGGAUGUUGUUGUUGAUGACUUUGACCAAAAUACUUGGAAAUCCGUCAACAAGUCAUUAUUGAAAGGAGACACAAAACAUUGUGCAGGUGGGAAACCGUUUGGCUGCACACUUUGCGACAAAGAAUUUUCUCGGAAGACUAAGUUAGAAGUGCAUAAGCGUACACACACUGGAGAAAAGCCUUUUGUCUGCACAUGUUGUGGUAAAAGAUUCACUGAGAAGAACAAUUUAAACAGACACGCAAAAACACACACUGGAGAGAAGCCUUUCGCCUGCUCACUUUGCGACAAAAGAUUUUCUCAGAAAACUCAUUUAGAAAAGCAUAAUCGCACACACACUGGAGAAAAGCCUUUUGUCUGCGAAUGUUGUGGCAGAAGAUUCACAGAGAAGGGAAAUUUACGCAGACACGCCAGAAUACACACUGGCAAGCUCUUCGCCUGCACACUUUGCGACAAAAGAUUUUCUCAGAAAACUAGUCAAGAAAAGCAUAUGCGUAAACACACAGGAGAAAAAUCUUUUGUCUGCCCAUGUUGUGGUAAAAGAUUCGCCGAGAAGGCAACUCUAAACCAACACACAGUGGAGAGAUGCCUUUCGCCUGCUCCUGAUGUUAGAAAAUAUCUUAUUUUCAUUCUCAGUUGAGAACACACACGCAUACACACACUGGAGAGAAAGCUUUCUCCUGCACACUUUGCGACAAAGGAUUUUAUUGGAAGACUAAUUUAGAAGUGCAUAAACGUACACACACUGGAGAAAAGCCUUUUGUCUGCAUAUGUUGUGUUCAUAGAUUCUCCGAGCUGAGAAAUUUAAACAGACACGCUAGAACACACACCAGAGAGCUUUGCGCCUGCAAACUUUGUGAGAAAAGAUUUCGUUGGAAGUUUCAGGUGACCAUAUAAAUGCCUACCCAAACUGGAGAAAAGCCAUUUUCCUGCUCAGUUUGUCAAAAAAAUUCUGUCAGAAGGGAACUUUAAAUAGACACGCAAUACCACACACUGGAGAGAAAGCUUUUGGCUGCUCACUUUGUAGUCAAAUAUUCACUCAGAAGUGGAAUUUAGCAAAACACACAAGAAGCCACACUGAGUAAAAGCUUUGAAUUGGAGUGUUUGACAAGAUAUUCCAAUUCUUGCCACACAUUUAGAGUUUAACGGGCUUUUCUAUGUUCUUAUUCAGUUUCCCUUGAGCCUCUUUCGAAAAAGUUGCUGAAAUGAUUUUGCAGUUCCUGGUCUUUUUCUCAACUAUCCAAGAUUCUUGAUUUUUUUUUUUUCCCUUAUUGAAUGAACUGGGUUUAGGUUGGGUUUCUUCAUAUUAAGCUUGACCUUCUGUUCUGUUUGAUAUUAUGACUUUUCUGCUACUUUGAUUUACUCGGAUUUGGCUUUUGUCUGCUCUAUUUGUUGCUGUUGUAAACUCUGAUGUAAAGUGACCUUGAGUGCCUUGAAAGGUACUUUGAAAUAAAACGUAUUACACUGCUCAUCAGUCAAUUUUGUGCAUGAAAUAUUAAUACUAUUUGUAGCCAAACUUAGGUUAUUGAAAGUGUCAGAAUAUAGAAAUUGUCUCUAGUUUGAGAGUUCAUACAGUUUAAAUGUUCUGAAUGAGAAUAUUUUAAAAAUAUUUGUAUGGAAUAUUUCUUUUAGGACACAGAAGGCUGAUAUGUCCAUGAACAAUUUAUUUCAAUAAUAGGCCUGUGAUAUUAUUUGAAAAACUUUGAUACUGCGCUGCCCUUUGUUUGUUUGUUCAGUUUCCAAACUUUUUAAAAAUGUUUUGAGGAAAGAUGUCUCUAUUAGUCUUGUGCAUUGUAUUA